AAGAACGUUUCCGUUAUGCUGUUACGUGAUUAAGUUGAAUACAACAAGCUGCUGUGUGUUUUUUUUUUAAUGGAGAAUUUUUGUGCAAAGUAAAGCCAGAUCACAGGAACUUCGUUGCGAAUAUAGAACUUAAAAAAAAAUUGUGUGGAUACGUUUAUUUGGAGAAAAAAAAAUUAAACGUGUUUUACAUCCAAGAAAAAUCAAAAACAAAACAUUUGCGUUUUAAAUAUAAACGCUUUGUGAGAUUUUUUGCAUCAUCUGAGAUAUUCGUUUGAUAGCUGAUACAAACAAAAUUUGGGAGAUUUACUCUUUUUUUGGAUAAUUCGUUUGCCAUACGUAUAAAUUUGAAUAAAAAUGGGUGAAACAGAUGAGAAGGAAAAUGUUCCAGCGGGAACACCAACCGCUGAAAUUGAAACGGAACCGAAAGAGACGGAAAAACUUUUAAACACAGAUGAGAAGAAGCCAGAAAUCGAAUCGCUAACUAAUGCAAAAGAUGCACCAGUUGAAGAGGCAAAAUCAAGUGAAGUCGCGUCAGCAAAGGUCAAUGGAGAAGAAGUGAUUGAAAUCCCAGAAGAGAAGAAACCGAAGGAAGAAGGUCGCGAAGUCAAACCCAAGAAGAUUCCAAUCGGUGGUAUUAAAAUGCCAGGAUUUUUCACAAAAAAAUCAAAGCACGCUGACAAUGACGGCGCUGAGGGUGAACUAUUAGAUAACGCUGGCAACGAAGCAAAAAUUGAAGGACAACCAAAAGAUGAAAACGCUGCCCCACAGAGCGCACGAGCAAACUUUUUGGCAUCACUUCCACCCCUGACACUACCCAAAUUCCGUAAUCCAUUUGCAAAGAAAGCAGCCGGCCCUAAAGACGAAGAGACCGGUGAUGCACCAACCGAAGUGAAAACUGACGGUGCCGAACCAACUGCAGAAAAACCAUCGGAAGAAAAAAUUGAGACUAAAGAAGAAAAGCCGGAAAAGGAACCACUCACUGAAACCACAGGGGAAAAUGAACAAGCUCCACCACCAGCCAAGAAAUAUCUACCGAAAUUCCCUGCCAUUAAACUAUCGCAAUUGCCAAAUCUCAUUCCAAAACGCCUUCGAUCGAAUAAUCAACAAGCUGAAGACUUAGAAUUGGGCAACGGGCCAAAUAAUAAAGCUGGAUUAGCUUCAAUGGAAACACUAGACGACUCGAUCAAAGAUAAUGACACCAACAAAGAUGUUACAGAUAAAGCUGCAUUGCCCGAUGAAGGCUUAGAAACAGUGAAGGUAUUCCCAGGACGACCGCUUGCUGAAAAUGAACGCAUCAAUGCUCAAGAAUACAAGUACGAGUGCACGACUGGUGACUGCUUGAACACACUUUCAUGUGAGGAGCUAGUAGACAAUGUACCAGAUAUUUGGCGUCGCAUGUGGCCAGACUUGCCGAUGGCUGAUGAAAACAAAACUCGUCAUGAAUGGUUAGUUCUAGAUGGUGAAGUGCUGCAAAAGAACCCAAUCGAUGUAUUGAAGGAGCCAGAACCAUUGAAGCUGGUCAUUGGAACGACCGCCCACGAAAGUCAUUCGGACAAACUGUUGCAUAAAUACACACAAUGGACACCCGAGCUGGUUCGUAAACAUAUUCAAGACAGCGUAAUUGGGCAGAAGGGCCUAACCGAUGAAGUUCUGAAACGUUAUAACGCAACCUACCAAGGCUUGGUAAAAAUUGUCUCCGAUAUCCGCACUGUAUGUCCAUUGCUUGUGAUUGCACGCUCCCAACAAAGCGUACCAUUUUAUGUGGUUACACAAACCGGAGGUGACCUUGAAAUUGCCGACGUUGAUGCCGACAUUCAAGCAAUUCUGGGUCGUUAUGAGCCAAACACUUUCCAACAACGACGAUAUGCCUCGGCCAUUCAACAACUGUUCUAUCAUUAUGUGUCGCAUAGUGAGCUCAAGCAAUAUGAACCACGAAGAAGAGUGUUGGAUGUUGGCCAAGAUGCUCUGUCUGUCGAAGAUUAUCCUAAUUGUGAUUUCUGGAUUAGAGAAGACAUUGUACCCAGAUAUGCACGAAUCGAUUAGUAAUUAGAAAAUUCAGAGCAAUAAAAAUGCACCCUGUGUGAAGCAAGGUUAAUGGCGAAAUUAAUUUAUUCAAAUACGAUCAGUUUGUUUUGCCACAAAGUAUCGCAGUGCCGUUAUAUGAUCUCCACAGCGCACGCAAACAAAAUGCACGAUUUGAUUAUGUGCACAACACAACAUUGCAUCAUACACGUACAUGUGAAGCCAAAUGGUGAAAAAAAGAAUUGAAAGACAUUUCAUAUAAUCCAUUAAAGCAAAUGUGCGUUGGUGAUCUUACGUGAGAAUGCCACAUAUGCGUUGAAAAUUGCACUUGAAAUACACAAAUCGAUUCAGAUGAAAAAGAAAUUGAUGUAAAAUGAACAAAUCAAAUAAAAAAAAUUUAAUGGAAAUGCAA